AUGUCUUCCACUGAUAUUAUUUCAAUACCGGCAGACUUCUUCAUAGGAUUUGCUAGGACAAUUGGAAAAAUCAGUGAUCCUUUUAUUACACCCUUAGAAAAUGUGGUUAAGUCAAGUUUGCAGAUUUUAUUUCCAACACUUUAUAACGACGCAGUGGAAUUCUUGGAAUCGAGUCAAUCACCAUUUACGUCACGGUUACCAUUAAUGAAUCCUUUUCAUGUGUUAAUAAUUGUUCUCGCUUAUUUAUUCAUUAUAUUCGUGGGAAAACAAAUUAUGACAAAUCGCACUAAAUUUUCAGUUAAAGGAUUAAGCAUAGUUCACAAUUUGGUUUUGGUUACUUUGAGUGCUUAUAUGUGUACCACCGUGUUGUAUGAAGCUUGGAGACAAAGAUAUGUGUUGUUUGCUAACCCUGAAGAUAAAUCGGAGAAAGGUUUUCAGAUGGCAAAAUACAUUUGGGUAUUCUAUGUUUCAAAAAUUACCGAGUUUAUGGAUACAUUCAUUAUGGUAUUAAAAAAGAAUAAUCACCAAAUCAGUUUCUUACAUGUUUAUCAUCACGCAUCCAUAUUCAUUAUUUGGUGGUGGGUUACUUAUGUCGCACCAACUGGUGAAGCUUACUUCAGUGCAGCUUUGAACUCAGCUGAUCGUAAACGAGAGCGUGAAGCUAAAACUAGAGAUGAAAAGAAAAUUCAGUAG